AUGCCCCCCGGUGGACUCCCAGCCAGCCUGGUUGCAGGCAACCCCAGCGGCCGUCCCACUGUUGACACCUCUGGCUAUGGGGCUAGCUAUACGAAAAACACACCCACAUCUCCCGAAGACAGUUUAAUUCCAUUCGAUUCACCAUCUACACGAACGGCAGGCGCAAGCCCAAUUACUCCGGUCAACCAGGAGGAUGGGCGCUCAGGUCGUGGUCUAGGUCCUGACCAAGCUGGCUUCCGCGACCGUUCAACACCCCGAGAUCGCUCACGAGUGAACGGACGUCAAAAUAAGUCCCCCGGGGCCUCGUCGCGACUGUGUCAAAAGUGCGGUGAAUCCCUCACUGGCCAGUUUGUUCGAGCAUUGGGCGGUACUUUUCAUCUGGAGUGUUUCAAGUGCGAAGACUGUGGCGAGAUCGUUGCUUCCAAGUUUUUCCCCGUCGAUUCAGAAGAUUCCAGCGUCCAAUUUCCACUUUGUGAAACAGAUUACUUUAGACGACUCAACCUCUUAUGUCACGAGUGCGGCGGCGCACUGCGUGGAUCAUACAUCACAGCGUUAGACCGAAAGUAUCAUAUCGAGCACUUUACCUGUUCCGUUUGUCCGACCGUCUUCGGUGCUCAGGACUCCUACUAUGAACACGAGAGCAAGGUAUACUGCCACUUCCACUACUCAACCCAGUUUGCCCAGCGGUGCCAUGGAUGUCACACUGCGAUCCUAAAACAGUUUGUCGAGAUCUUCCGCAACGGCCAAAAUCAACACUGGCACCCUGAAUGUUAUAUGAUCCACAAGUUCUGGAAUGUCCGGUUAUCUCCUGCUGGUCAAACAUGGGAGCCUCCACCGGUGGAUGAGGAUGCCAGCGAAGAUGAGCGCAAGCAUAUUCGCGACGAAGAAGAUAUUAUGGAGGAGAAGGUCUUCAAUAUUUGGAACACCCUCUCUACGUUUGAAGAAUCAUCCGCCGCUUGCAUCUCGGAUAUGCUGCUUCAUGUGAGCAACGGCGCUUACAUCGAUGGUGUUCUCGUAGCCAAGCGCUUCAUUGAACAUGUGGAAAUCCUCUUCGGUGCAGUCGAUCAGCUUGCUGAUUAUAUCAAAUCUCAUGAGUUAAAAGGUAAGUCUCGCACAGCUGAUUUCAUAUCGUCGGGACUGGUAGCUGAUUCUUCCAAACCAGAACUUUCCUACGGCCGCGAAGCCAAACUUCUCUGCAAAAAGAUUGUCGCUUUCUUUGCCCUUUUAUCGAAAACCCAGGAAACCGGGGUACGCAAACUUGGCGUCACCCAGGAACUUUUGUCUCUGGUGACUGGUCUCGCUCAUUACCUCAAACUCCUUAUCCGCAUCGGUCUACAAGGUGCACUCAAACUUGAACGUGAGAAGUCUGUGCCAGACGGGUUACAUAACUUCCUGGAGCACCUCCGUGACCUGGAGGCAUUAGCAGAGCGCGAAGACGACAAUGCACCAGUCGACCUGAUGGCUGGAGUGGAAGGCUUGGCCGAUCAACUUUCAGAUUGUUGCAUCGCCUGCAAAGAACCAAUUGACGAUGAAUGUGUUCAGUGGGGCCAGAGUCGCUGGCACAUCAAGCCACCUCAUCUCUCGUGCAAAUCAUGUGAGAAGGAUUUGACUACUGAUCUUCAAGACGCAUUGUGGAGUGGCAGUGAGGAGCAAGUCUACUGCGGCGCUUGCGCCCAUCAGAUGAAUCUUGGCCCCACUGUGAAGGGUGGUUUCACCUCAGUUUCAAAAUUGCAGCAAUUCGUUUUCUUGCUGAAAGUGGCACUCGCACGGCUUCUCGCUGUUCUUCGAUCCGGUGGAACCUUGCCAGAUACAUCCGACGACCCCAACCUCAAUGAUUAUGAACGCAAAGACGGCCAGGGAGUCACCCAGGUUCGCCGGGCAAACACACGCCAGUCAUAUGGCGGUGGCUCGCGAGAUGGCUUGGAGGAAACAUCCCUUGAGCAGACCGUCGGCGAGAUGCGUCGGCUGCGCUCUAUUCGCAACGAGCGAACCCUAUCCACAACAUACAAACGUGCUCGCGCAUCCAGAAUAAUCGAUGGACCAGAAGGCAGAAGUGCGCGACCAGGGUCAUCUGGCAAUGAUGGGAAUGACCCGAGGGGUCACGGUUUCCAGAUUGUCGAAGAACGGGAUGCCAAUGGCGAAACCGUUUCCGAUCUGACUUUCGGGGCUCAGGAUGCUUUGACGCUAGAUGAUAUCCCCCGCAUUGUUGCGGCUGAACAAGCCAAAGAGCAGCGACCUAAUGCCUAUAGGCAUGCCGGCACGAAACUCCUUGGGGGGACAGAGCCGAUGCCCAGGUACAACCAUGGCCACCAGCGGGGAGUGUCGAGUGGAAAUUUGGAGGCCCUCAUAGAGCCAACCCGAACCAAGCGGUACUUCUCAGAACUAACUGCUUUGGAAUAUUUCAUCGUUCGCCACGUUGCUGUGCUACAGAUGGAACCCUUGGUAGAGGGUCAUUUCACCAUGGAAGAGCUUCUUUCUCUUAUUGAGUCCCGCAAACCUACCAUAUGGAACAUCUUUGGCCGUGCCUUCAAGGACAACAAGAAGGCCAAUAAAAAGAAGGGUGUCUUCGGUGUCGGUCUAGACUAUUUGGUCGAGAAGGAGGGCACAGAGUCAAGUCACGGUGUUGGCCCUGGGGCGCUCCGCAUCCCGACCUUGGUCGAUGAUUCUGUUUGCGCUAUGCGGCAGAUGGACAUGUCUGUCGAGGGUGUCUUCCGAAAGAACGGCAACAUCCGCCGAUUGAAGGAUACCGCGGAGCAAAUCGACACCAAGUACGAGUCAGUUGAUUUGACAAAAGAAACUCCUGUGCAGAUCGCCGCUCUUUUGAAGAAGUUCCUCCGCGAGAUGCCCGAUCCGCUCUUGACUUUCAAGUUACACAAACUAUUUGUCAUCUCACAAAAAAUGGAAAACGCAGAGAAACAGAGGCGACUACUUCACUUGACAUGCUGUCUACUCCCCAAAGCCCACCGUGAUACGAUGGAAGUUCUGUUUGCCUUCUUAAACUGGACAUCAUCCUUCUCGCAUGUGGAUGAAGAGUCUGGAAGCAAGAUGGACAUUCACAAUCUUGCAACCGUCAUCACGCCCAAUAUUCUCUACCCCAAUGCCAAAAACAGUACAGUGGACGAGAGCUUCUUGUCCAUCGAGGCUGUCAAUGCCCUGAUCGCUUAUAACGAUGCAUUCUGCGAGAUUCCCGAAGACCUACAAUCGGUCUUGGGUGAUCCAACUCUUUUCAGGGAGAAUGCCGAAGUGACCACCAAGGAAAUCCUCAAACGAUAUGGCGAUAUUGCUCGAGGCAGCUUUUCACAAAAACCGGAAAACGGUGGCGAGACAUUCACGAUCACCACCCCCAACCGAAGUAAUAGCAGUCCAGCUUCCGCGCGUAUCGAGACCGAUCCAUCUCAAGAUGCAGCCUGGCAGAUGCAGAGUUCGGUUCGCCAUGUGCCUGGGCCCAGCGGACACUCCCAUUCAGCAAGCGCCAACGCUCAGGCUGGACUUGAUUUCGCUCCUCCCCCUGCAGCAUAUCACCGUGACCGUAGCACCAGCAACGGUAGCCAGCCAAUUGCAGUGCCACCUGAUGGCCAAUCAUCAAAUGUGGCAUAUAGGCCACGUCCGAGUGCAGGUGCCAUGGGUGUUACUGGGUAG